CGCAUCCAAGCCUGAAUUCAGCACGUUAUUAACGUUACAUGUACAUGGACAUUGAUGGGAAUUAGGCCUUCGUGUAAUUUUCUUGCAUAAUUUUCUUACUGAACUGGACUAUAUUUAUUUAACCAUUGCCUAUUUACAGGCUGAUCCUAAUAUGAUGGAAAGAUUUCGUUUCUAUCAGAUGUCCCAUUUUUGUAUUACAAACAUCAUACGUGUCUGCGGCUUCCAGCAGCACUAGCUUGAUGCUGAAGAUGAUGGAAAGCUAUCUGCUAACUUUAAGGAUGCUUUACCGCAAAUAACUCGCUUACUCACCCGCUCUCUCGUUUUUAAUACAUUUAUCGUAAAGCCGUUCAUUUCACAGAGCGAUGUUUGUCUAUUUUAGCGUGAAAGGGCACAUAAAUAAAAAACUUUCACAUAUAUCGACUUAGCUUUGCUAGCUAAGCAGCUGUUAGGUUGCAUGACACUGGAUGUUUUCGGCAAAGCGAGGGAUUUGCAGCCAAAUAUUACACGAACCAGGCUGGUUAACGGUGUAAAUAAAACGUCCGGAGUCCUGAGGGAAUAGAAGAUAAAGAAGAUAAAAACGACACGUCUUGACUUUGCCAUAGGAGCAAAUGAAAGAACGGUACGUAAAUAAACGGUUGUUUAUCUGAUCGCUUGCAGCAAAGGUGCGCGGGACAACAAGCAUUUACUACAAAAACGAAUCCACUACAAACAAUAAUAUUAAAUCCCAAACAACGUCACAUAAAAGCCGAAAACUUAAAGCCAAAAUCGCUGAAAUGGCUAAAGAGGCGUUUCCUUUACAUUAUCUGGUGUGGAACAACCAGUAUCAAGAACUGGACCGAGAGCUUCAGAGAAAGCAGCAUGAUGUGGAGCAGCUGGACCUCCGCGCGCGCACGCCGCUCGAGCUGUCAGUGUGUCUCGGGCACCUGGAGUCCACGCACGUUCUGCUGAGACACAACGCGGAUCCCACACACUGCAACACACAGGGCUGGACAGUUUUGCAGGAGGCAGUGAGCACUGGAGAUCCUGAGCUAGUGCAGCUGAUCCUUCAGUACAGAGACUUCAAAAGAGCCAAAGAGAGAUUGGCUGGUAUUCCUGAGCUUCUGAGCAAACUGAGACAGGCACGUGAUUUCUACGUGGAGAUGAAAUGGGAAUUUACUAGCUGGGUGCCUCUAGUAUCAAAGGUUUGUCCAAGUGAUGUAUACCGUGUAUGGAAAAGUGGCUCGUGUUUGAGGGUUGACACCACUUUACUGGGUUUCGAGCAUAUGACCUGGCUCAAGGGACGGCGUAGCUACAUCUUUAAAGGUGGAGAAAGCGGGGCCAUGGUGAUGGAGGUGGACCACGAGAAGCAGGUGGUGUAUACGGAACCGUUGUCCCUGUCCCCACACGACGCCCCCUCCCUGCUCGCCGCCAUGCUGCCCUCACAGGAGAACACGGCUCAGAGGCUCACUUCACCCAUAGUGUCCACUCAUCUGAAUACACGCAACAUUGCCUUCGAGAGAAAUAAGUCUGGGAUUUGGGGAUGGCGCUCGGAGAAGUCUGAGGUUGUCAGUGGAUAUGAAGCAAAGGUUUACAGUGCCAGUAAUGUUGAGUUAGUAACGCGUUCUCGGACUGAGCACCUUUCUGAUCAGGACAAGUCCAGAAGUAAAGGGUCCAGAACACCUCUUCAGUCUUUUCUGGGUAUAGCUGAGCAGCACGUCUCUAGUCCCGGGAGUCAGGUAUCACAGUGUGCUAGUCCACAUAAUCCGACAGCUAUCACAGCAGAAGAAUACUUUGAUGCUGAGUUCAGUCUGAAUGCCAGAGAUAUUGGACGACCCAUUGAACUUACCAGCAAAGUGCAAAAGUUUAAAGCCACUUUGUGGUUAAGUGAAGUUCAUCCUCUCUCACUGGCUGAACAAGUAACCCCCAUAAUUGACCUCAUGGCCAUAUCAAACGCCCACUUUGCCAAGCUUCGUGACUUCAUCACUUUGCGUCUACCCCCUGGCUUUCCUGUAAAGAUAGAAAUUCCUCUCUUCCACGUGUUGAACGCUCGCGUAACCUUCAGCAAUCUUUGUGGUUGUGACGAACCAGUCAGUUCUAUUACUGUAUUAUAUCCACUGUCUCCACAAGCAGCUUCAGAGGCUGGCCAGCUGCCGCCUCCCCUGCAGUGUGAGGUGGACCCGUCUGUGUUCGAGCCACCCCCAGAAUACACAAUGCUUGGUCCAGGCCGCAGUGAACCAAUGAGAGAUGAGGAUGAUAAUUUACUCCAGUUUGCCAUACAACAGAGUCUACUGGAUGCUGGAACUGAAAGCGACCAGGUGACCAUAUGGGAGGCUCUUACAAACACACGUCCAGCUUCUCAGCCUCCACUGUAUGAGGAGGAGUCUCAGUUUGAGAGGGCCAUUCAGGAAUCUUUGUCGUUGAAUGGAGGGGACGGUGAAGAGUCAGAUCCUGGCCAGCCGAUAUCACCAUCCGAUCCCUCCCUCAACUCCCCUCCAUGUUACAGCUCAUUGGCCGAGCCUCGGGGGCCGGGAGCGUUUGCCGUCGCCAGCAGUUUUGAUGAACAGCUACGCAUCGCUAUGGAGCUCUCGUGCAGAGAGCAAGAAGAUUUAGAUCGAAAGAGGAGGGUAGAAGAGGAAGAACUGGAGAGAAUACUGCAACUGUCUCUCACAGAGAAAUUCAUUUUUUCUUUUUCACAAUUAUAAAAAUGAAAGAGGAAUCUGAGAGAGAGCGUGUGUAUGGUCGCCAAGACUGAAGCAGUUCAUUGGAUUUUUUUUUUUAAAGAAUAUGGAACAUAGAGCAUGAAAUUUUAAAUGAUAUCCUCUCAGUUUCAAUGUCUUUUGAGUGAUAAGGGUCUUCAAAACUUAAAUUGAUUUGUAUAAUGAAAAUGUGAAUUAUGAAUAUUGAUGACUAUCAUAAUGCAUAAAGGUAAAGUCUUGAAUAUAUUAUUGAUCUCAAAUGAGUUGAAUUAUGGUGGAUGAUAAUGACAUGACAGUAUAAGUAUUAAAUGUUGCUCCAAAACUUUCUCGACAAUAAGGGUGUCUUUAAUAUGUAUUUGGUGUUUCGCCACUGUUGUCAUGAGAUGUCUUGUAACAGUUGGGACAAAGCAAAACCCCCAUUCUUGUUUUGAAGAACAUGAGGGUGAAUAAAUGAUAACAAAAUUGUUA